AUGGGAGCCUAUGGUUCUGUUUACAAGACAUUAAUCAAUGGAUCAAAUGUAGCUGUGAAGGUGUUCAACUUACAAACAGAAGGUGCAUUUAGAAGUUUUGACAUAGAAUGUGAAGUACUAUGUAACCUUCGUCACAGAAAUCUAACCAAAGUCAUCAGCAGCUGUUCCAGCCUUGACUUCAAAGCUUUAAUUCUUGAAUAUAUGUCUAAUGGAAGUCUUGAAAAGUGGUUGUACUAUCAGGAUUUGUACAUGGAUUUUUUGCAAAGACUAGACAUAAUGAUUGAUGUGGCAUCACUAUUAGACUAUCUGCACGAUGGUUAUUCAAUCCCUGUGCUUCACUGUGAUCUGAAACCAAGCAAUGUUUUACUUGACAAAAAUAUGGUAGCACAUGUGGGUGAUUUUGGCACUGCAAAAUUAUUAGGGAUGGGAGAGAGCAUGGCCCAAACUCAGACACUAGCAACACUAGGAUACAUGGCACCAGCUGUUUCACUUGGUGCAAAGUAUGGAUCAGAAGGUUUGAUAUCCAAGAAGUGUCAUAUCUACAGUUUUGAAAUCAUGUUGAUGGAAACUUUCACAAGAAGGAAGCCAACUAAUGAAAUGUUAUCAGGAGAUGUGAGCUUGAAGGAUUGGAUGAAUGCAUCAUGGCCAGAUGCUGUGUCUGAGGUUAUACAUGCUAAUUUGAUGAGGCUGGAAGAGGAUCUAACAGGGAUGUCAAACAAGCUCCGAUUCUUCUCAUCUUUAGUCUUCUCCUCUCUGUCAUUUGCUAAUCUCACUUUUCACUUCUUCUCCAUCGCUGCCCAAAGCCCUAAUUUAUCCAUCAAACCACCACCACUGCAGCUCCUACCAACAAGACAAAAUCGCUGUGGCUUCUACCAAAUACCAACAAGCUACAGCUUCAAGGCUUCAAGCCAGAUUUCGUGCGGCUUCAAGAUGAAAUCUCCUUUGCUGCCGCUGGAUUGUGGCACCUUCAAGCUUCAAAACUUCAAGCUCCAACACCUGUUCUUCUCCAAUCUCCUUGCUGCCACCACACUGAAGCUCCAGCACCAGUACUUCAAUUAA